UGUUGUCGAAGUUUCGCUUUCAGCCAGUCAGUUUAUCAUACUCGCUGAAGUAAUACUUCUGCUCCCCAAACAGUAUUAAAAAGUCGGUCGGAGUGUAAAAUAGCCGGACAUUCGCGUUUCUGAUUAUUGGACGGCAUUAAACUUUUUUAAAAAAAUGCGAACUAAUAUGCGAGUUUGGUUUAUUUAUUGAAGCGUUUUAAAGAAGAGUGUUACACUAUGGCGGAUGGAGCGAAUCUAAACGCAAGUUGUUUGUCCUCUCGAGCAAAGAAAGUCAACAACAACAGCAUUUCGACAGCAGCGAACAUGAGGAGAAAGACACGACAGAGCAACAGAAGAGACAUUCACAACCGGGUUGUCUUGGAGAAGGUCCUGGGCAUCACUGUCUCCAGCAGCAGUGCUUUAACCUGUGAGCCCAACACUGGUUUAGUGGCUUAUCCGGCAGGUUGUGUUAUUGUCAUCCUGAGCCCAAAGAAAAACAAGCAGACUCACAUAUUUAAUACAUCCAGGAAAACCUUCAGUGCCUUGGCUUUCUCGCAGAAUGGAAAAUAUUUGGUCACUGGUGAGAGCGGGCACAUGCCCUGUGUGCGGGUGUGGGAUGUGGUAGAGCGGACACAGGUGGCAGAGGUCCAGUGCCAUAAGUACGGGGUGGCGUGUGUAUCUUUCUCCCCUAAUGGAAGCUACAUAGUGUCUGUGGGAUACCAGCACGACAGGACAGUCAGCGUCUGGGAGUGGAAGAAGGGGACUGUUAUUGCAUCCAAUAAGGUGUCCAGCCGCGUGCUUGCUGUGUCUUUCUCAGAGGACAACAGCUACUUUGUGACUGCUGGGAACAGACAUGUGAAGUUCUGGUACCUUGAUGCCUCAAAGGAAAGAAGGGUGAACAGCACAGUGCCUCUGAUUGGUCGCUCAGGGUUGCUCGGGGAGCAUCAGAACAGUCAGUUCUGUGGUUUGGCGUGUGGCCGUGGCUCGAUGUCCAGCAGCACCUACUGCAUCACACACACAGGUCUGCUGUGCCAGUUCAAUAGCAACAGACAACUGGAUUCCUGGGUUGAUCUCAAGGCAAGUAACACACUUUGCCCCUCUUUGAGCGAGACGUUUGUUUUCUGCGGUUGUGCAGAUGGCACAGUGCAUGUGUUCAGCCCACAGGACCUUUGUUACAUCAACACUCUGCACCGGCCGCACUGCUUGGGGGUAGAUGUGUCUCAGGGCACCCAGCCAGGGCAUUUGUUUGGCGCUAACCCAGAAGCACAGUAUCCAGAUACCCUGGCUUUAACCUUUGACCCUGUGACCAGCCACUUGACGUGUGUGUAUAAUGACCACAGUGUGUACGUAUGGGACGUGCGGGACAUUCAAAAUGUCGGGAAGGUCUACUCAGCUCUUUACCACAGCGGAUGUGUGUGGAGUGUGGAGACCUACCCUGAGCUUGAAGAUUCAUCUGCGGCGUGUUUUUCACCCAGCUCUUUCCUCACCUGUUCAUCCGAUAACCUUGCGAAAGAUAUCGUAAGGAUAGUGUAUGUGGACGAUGACACGCAAUACCUCAAAGCCGAGGCUGAGAGAGCUGAGGGAGCAAGCCAGGAUGGGAAAUCUGGGAUCAGGGUGCUGGGAAUCAGCCCAGAUGGCCAACAUUUGGCUGCUGGAGACCGCAGUGGAAACCUGAGAAUCUUUGGCUUGCAGUUCAUGGACGAGCUGCAGAAAAUUGAGGCUCAUGAUUCGGAGGUCUUGUGUCUAGCCUUCUCCCCUACUGAGACUGGUUUGCAUCUGUUGGCUUCUGCGAGUCGUGAUCGGCUUAUUCACAUCUUUGACAUGGAGAAGAAAUGCAAUCUAGUGCAGACGGUUUACGAUCAUUCGGCCUCCAUCACUGCCAUCAAGUUUACAGGACUGAGUUCAGAGUUGUGUAUGGUCAGCUGUGGUGCCGACAAGAGCAUCUAUUUUCGAUCUGCUGAAAAGACCUCGGAAGGCUUGAACUUCUCACGAUCACAUCACAUAGUGGAGAAGAGCACACUGUAUGACAUGGACCUGGACGCCACACGCACACACACGGCCAUCGCGUGCCAGGACCGGAACAUUAGUGAUGAUGGGACACUGCUUAAGGUUCAGUUGGAUCCCUCUGGGAUGUUUCUGGCCACCAGUUGUUCAGACAAAAAUAUCUGUAUCUUUGACUAUGAGUCAGGCGAAUGUGUAGCCACCUUAUUUGGACAUUCGGAAAUUGUUACAGGUAUGAAGUUCAGCCAGGACUGCAGGCAUCUGAUUACAGUCUCUAGUUCAAACUGUGUGUUUGUGUGGCGGCUGGACUCUCAGAUGACCAACUCCAUGAGGAAGAGGCUGGCAGAGAGGAAGCAGCAAGCAGGUCUGAGGGUUCAACGGGCCCCCAGCCAACAGCAAGCCAUCAGGAGAGAGACCUACAUCGCUGUACCCUGUAGUGCUUUGCCUCACAUGGAGGAGGAAGAGGAAGGCAGCUUGAUGCCAGAGAAGGCUCCAGACGAUGGUGUGGAGGACUGCAGAACUCCAGACAGGCUCGACUCUACUGAUGCAUCUGUGGAUUCAGUGGUGCUCCAAACCAAUGGCAAAAUGCCCAUGUGGGUUCGUAGACUGGGUGGAGAAGGUGAAAAUGAUGGUAGUGGCAUAGCUAGUAGAUCUCAGUACCAGCCACAGGGGCGCUGGGCAGUGCGAUCAGAUCCACUAGCCAUCCGCACAGUACUGGAGAUGAAGAGCAUGCAGCUUCCCCUCUCACACACUCCCAGCAGAGCCGUGGGAGAGGAAGAGUUUGAGGAAGACUCUCGCUUUCAUCCGCAGAGUUUGGACAGUCUGCUGGAAGAAGAUGUUGACGAUGAUGAUCUAGAGGAGGAAAAGAUUUGCCGUGAUUCCCAAGAUGGGUUUAGCUCUUCGCUCCAAGGGCCAGAUUUUCUGCAGAUGCCACAUGGAGAGGAGAACUUCCAUCCAGAGCUCAGCUCACCAGAGAAGACUGGCUACAUUUUAUACCCAGCCAACAGCACUGCUCUGUCCACUGGAGAAGGUCAGGUUUUUUGUUUUUUUUACUCCUUUAAGAUGAUGGUGAAAACCUUAUUGCUAAUCUUAUCUGCUGUGGAAACUCUUGUAGAAAAGUUCAACAUGGACUUGAGCAGUCUGCAGCCCACAACAGAGAGUAACUUCCUCAAUCUUCGUCUCAGCAUCUCCACGCGCUUCCUCUCCCGCUUUCAGAGCCGCUUUCGCACUGUUGGGACUAGUAGCAGUGCUGUUUGCCGGCCUGCAGCCUGCCUGCCCAGUAUACCAGAUGAAUCCAGUGAUAGCUGUCCAACCUUCGACGGAACAAUGGACAAGUCCAAGGUUCUUUCAAACAACAGUGGAAGCAUUGAGGAGAGUGAGAAAAGUGUUACCAAGAAACGUUCCUCAGUGGCUGCUCGGAAAUCUUGCCAGAACUUAUCUUUUUUACGCUGGAAAAAUGCUCUGGGAGAAAUCACAAACAAGAGCAUUAUGUCCAAAGCUCAUAAUACUGUCAACACUACAGGCGUUCUCACCACCAAAUCUACCAGCAGUGCGUUUGACACAUCUGUUACACGCUCCCGCCAAAGCUACAUGGGUCCCACUGCAAGCUCCCGGUCAAAGAUAACCCAGAGCAAUUCUGUGGAGACGUGUACAUCAGAAGAAACGCAGUUAAACGCCCCGUCUUUGUCUCUGGACCUUACUGUGGACCAAAGCAAAGAGAACAUUGUUCCUCCUUCCUCUUCAGUUCUCUCCUCUGGAUCGUCUCAUCCGACACCGGCUCUCUCUACUCCUGCCUUGGGUAACCACAGUGCCCGGGCAGCUCUUCGAUUGGACCUCAUUGGCCCCAAUCGUGCCAGUCUGUCACCGUUGGCGCUCAAGAGCAGUCUAGGGAAAGUUGAACGUCCCGAGUCUCCACGUCGACAGGCUUUGGUGACGCCCACAGAGAUGCGGUCACUGGGGAAAGAGUGUCGGAAGCAGAUCAUUAAUAUUGAGCAGAGUUUGGUUUCUAAGACUUCAAGCAGGUUCUCGACAGGGUCUGAAAUGUUUGCCAGGAACUCCACAUUGUCAGAAGCCAGUCAUUCGGUGAUUGAAGACCUGCGGUUUACAGAGUCAUGUGGGAAUACACAGGCCACUGAUCAGAUCUCAAUGACCAACUCCGUGACUACAGACAGAGAAGAUCCUACACAAAAUGACUGCGCUGGAGAGGACACAGACUCGUUGAGUGCCCAGAUGUGUAAGGAGAUGGUGAAUGAACUCUGGCAGACCAUCCAUAAAACAACUGGCUUUUAUAACAAGUUGUGCUCCAUCCCGGAGUUGUCAGAGCAGCAGGAACAGAUGAAGAGUAUUUUGCAGGAGGUGUUUGUGGGGGUACAGAGUGAAUUAAACUCCCUGUGCCCACAAGAGACAAGCACCCGUCCUGUACCGGAGGAAUCCCCCGGCCGUCAACUGAGGGACGAAAGGACUGUGGCCCUCCUGGAUAAAUAUUCAGAGAUGCUCUUACUGCGAAUGACUGAAAAAGGAGCACAGGCCACACUGGAGUAACUGCUCGGUUCCCGUCAUUUUAUUGGCAAAAUUGAACUUCUAAUGGCGUAUACGAAUAAGCACCUUUAAAUCUUAAUGUCUUCCAUUGGUUUUAUGCUUUUAAAUAAACAUGUAAAUGCAUAUUUGUUUUUUUAACACUACAUUUCAGUACCUGAGUGUAUUUGGUCACAUACACUUUGCAGUUAUUUUGAUGCUUUAAAGGACCUUCAGGACCUUUUCCCCCCAAAAUCGUUAUUUCCAUGGUAUUUCAUGUACAGUU